AUGAAUGUCAAGCGCGCCGAAUUCCUCCUGGGAAGCGGAAAUUAUUUCCACUGGGAGUUUAAUAUGAGGAUGACGCUCGCCAGGAAAGGGCUGCUGGUGCAUGUGGAGGUGGUCAAGGAGGAGAGUGAGAUGAUCAAAGCUUGGCUAGUGAACGACGCGAAGGCUCUCGGCAUCAUCGCGCAGGGUGUGGAGCUACAACACUGGACAAAGAUCCUCUCAUCUACGCAUGCGAAUCAUGCGUGGGCAACGCUUGGGGAGCUAUACAAUAGAUCUACACCACACAAUCGGGUCACGAUGACACGGCGCCUCCACGAAGAUAAGAUGGAUGCUGAAGCGGCCAUGGCAAAGCAUUUAAACGCCUUCGACUAG